AUCUCAACGAAGAAAUGUUAAAUCUCCAUCGCCCUUUCAUAAUUCACAGCCCCGAAAUGGUUUCCAAGAUCAUCAAGAAGCGAUCUCCGCCGCGUUCCAUCAAGCGCCAUCAUAGAAGAAAGACUUCUCCGAAGAAGAAGAAUGUUUGUUCUUUCUCCGUCAUCGCCUCCCUCAACAAGUCCAUCAAGACUUGCCGCCGCCGGAUGUUCAGGCUUUUCUCCAAGUUAUCCCACAUAGCGACAACACCUUCAGCCGCCGGAAAGCGCUCCCGGAAAGGCUUCAAGAUCUUUCACCAAGAAGAAGAGUUGGAUGAAUCCAAAAGCAAUUUCAUCGUUCCCAAGGCUCUCGUAUUCGACAGAUGCUUGCUUCCGCCGUUGAUUUCCACGACAAAAAAGACUGUCUUUCUUGAUCUGGAUGAGACCUUAGUGCAUUCCAGCACCGACCCACCACCUAAAACGUACGAUUUUACAGUGAAGCCGAGCAUGGACGGCCAAAUCAUGAACUUUUACGUAUUGAAACGGCCCAGGGUCGAUUUUUUCUUGGAAGAAAUUAGCAAGAAACACGAGGUGGUGAUUUUCACGGCGGGGCUGAAGCAGUACGCUUCCCAGGUUCUUGAUAAGCUCGACCCCAAAGGCCGGUUUAUAUCGCACCGGAUUUAUCGGGAUUCGUGCAAGGAAGUAAACGGGAAAUUCGUCAAGGAUUUGUCGGAAAUGGGGAGAAAUUUGGGGAGAGUCGUCAUCGUUGACGACAACCCGAAUGCUUAUUCUCUGCAACCGGAGAAUGCUGUCCCUAUACGGCCGUUUGUAGAUGAUAGUGAAGAUAGGGAGCUAGAGAAAUUGUUGCGGUUCUUUGAGUGGAGUGAACGGUUUGAGGACAUGAGAGUAGCGGUCAUGCAGUACUACAACGGUGGAGGCACCGUCGGCGGUGGCGAUGCUGAUGAUUGCGAGUUUGUGCAGUUAGAACUAUGACGCGUCGCUCUUUUCUUGCAAGAGUUGUAAUUUUCUUUCCGAUUGAACAUUAGAUUUUGUUCAUUAUGAAAGAACCAAAGUUUACAGUGUAUUUUAAGAUCAAAUCCCACUUCUUCAAUGCUAUGUUCUUCAAGAUUUUUGUUUCCA